ACAAUGCCUGAUAAAUUUAUAAUAAUAAUAUACUAUAAAUUAAGAUUAAUAAUAUUUCUUAAAUAACGUUAUGUUUUAACAUCAAACUAUUAUUAGAAUUAAAAUUAAAUAUAUCAAGAAUAAUGGAAUAGAAAAUAAUUAAAUAAAAUAGAAAACAAACAAACUCAAACAAAUUAAAGGAUUAAAUUAAAAUCAAAACAGAACCGGAAGGAGAAAAACGAAAAUAAAUCGAAAUGGAGGGCAAAUAUACAAAGUGCGUGUAACAUAGGGGGCCAAUUCAGAAAUAUUCCCAACCCUCUAAAACGCAGCGUUGCAUUGGAUUAGAAUGAAAUCCGAUCAAACUACAAGGCCCAAUUUCAAAUUAAAGAAAAAAACAGAAUUGAAAUAAUAAAGGAAAUCAGAGGGGCUAAUGGUGCCAAUGCCCCAUUAGACCCAAAACACGCGGGUCUCAGCCGCCUUUGGGUCGGGUCAUCAGGUAUGGCUCAAUACUGUGUCGUUUUGGAGCCAUUGAAAACUGGCUUAAAACGACGUCGUUGCCGAGGUUAUAUAGGGGUCACUUUAAACCCUAAGUCAGAAUCCCCUUUGCCAUUUCGAAAUUGCGCCGCAGCCCUCUUUCUCUCUUCUGUCGUUCAGACCCCUAUCCAUUCCGAUUACAACGAAAGGAAGAGUUAUUCUGACAGCGCUCACGAUGGUACGGGAGUACGGAGGAGGAGCACACGCGCGCGGAGGCGUAGCACACGCGGGGAGGCCCUGGGCUUGACUACGGUGCUACUGGAUACUGUUGCUGCUAGGGUUUUUGCUUUUAUUUUUUGGAGUUGGGCCACAUCGUAAUUGGGCUAGGGUUAGGUGAUUUGGACCGAGUUAGGUUUUAAUUUUAUUGGGCUACAAUUUUGGGUUAAUGUAAUUGGGUCAGGGUCUUGGGGAUUGUUUAAUUUUUUUGUUUUUAUAUUGGUUUUAUUUAUUUACACGGGCCCGGGAAAAUUGGGCUAUUACAACCCUAAAAGAGCUCAACUUGAGGCAGCACAAGUGGAUUGAACUUGUAAUAGCACAAGUGGGACCACAAAUUUGAG